GCACAAAGAACGUAAUACGUUGCUGCUGAAAUGCUAAUUGGAAGCUAAGUGGCUACUUUCUGCACCCUCCUUGUCUCCUGUUGUUACCUGCGGACAAGUUGGCCUGAAAUACCAUUAAACAUAUUUAGGAAACGGUUAACAUUCUUCAGAGCAUCUCGGUGUCCGGUGUCGGGCCGUAGCUAUGGCUCUGCAAGGCCCGGAGGAGCUGGGGGAGCCGGUCGAAGAGUCGGAGGAUCUGGACGACCAGGACGCUAGCAGCAUCUCCCCGGCGGAGGAAAUAACGCUACCCCCCGGGCCUGGAGGCGACGAGGAGACGGAGGAGGCUCUUCUGCUGCCCUGGGACCGUUUCUCCGCCUGGCUGCACUGCAUUUGUGUGGUCGGCUUCGACCUGGAGCUCGGACAGGCGGUGGAGGUCAUUUAUCCUCAUCAUUCCAAACUGUCGGAGAAAGAGAAAACAAGCAUCUGCUACCUUUCAUUCCCUGACUCCAACUCAGGUUGCCUUGGUGACACACAGUUCUGCUUCCGGUUCCGGCAGGGUUCCAACAGGAAGACGUCACUUGGCUGCUUCUUGGAAACCACUGACAGAGAUGCGCCACCUUGUCUGAAGAGGGAGCAGGGCCAUUACUAUGGUUAUGUGUACUUCCGUCAGGUGCGAGACAAAUCUUUGAAGAGAGGAUACUUCCAGAAGUCUCUCGUCUUGAUCAGUCAGCUGCCCUAUGUGACCUUCUUCCACUCGCUGCUGAAGAUUAUGGCUCCUGAAUACUUUGAGAAACAGGAGCCCUGCCUGGAGGCUGCGUGUAAUGACAUCGAUCGCUGGCCAACGCCUCAUCCUGGACGAAUCCUGACGCUGCCUAUCAUGGGUGUAGUCCUCAAGGUUCGCAUCCCAACCUCUUAUGAUAAACCAGGAACGUCACAGCUGGUCCAAUCCGCCCAGAGUGAUAGCAUGGUGUCCAUUGUGCUCCCAACAAUUCAUGAAGUGGACCUCUUCAGGUGUUUCUAUCCAGUCUUCUUCCAUCUCCAGAUGCUUUGGGAGUUGGUGUUGCUGGGGGAGGCACUUGUUGUCAUGGCGCCAUCACCAGCCGAGUCAUCUGAUACUGUGCUAGCUUUGGUCAGCUGCAUUGCUCCUCUGCGUUACUGCAGUGAUUUCCGGCCGUACUUCACCAUUCAUGACAGUGAGUUUAAGGAGUACACCACCAGGACGCAGGCUCCGCCAUCAGUCAUUCUAGGAGUGACCAAUCCUUUUUUUGCAAAAACGCUGCAGCACUGGCCGCACAUCAUCCGCAUCGGAGACAUGAAACAAGCAGGAGAGAUGGCCAAGCAGAUGAAAGUCAAGAAACUGAAAAACCUCAAAACUCUGGACUCUAAACCCGGUGUGUACACUGCAUAUAAACCGUAUCUCAACAAAGAUGAAGAAAUCAUCAAACAGCUUCAGAAGGGUGUUCAACAGAAGAGACCCUCUGCAGCCCAGAAUGCAAUUCUUCGGCGCUACUUCUUAGAACUGACACAAAGCUUCAUCAUUCCACUGGAGCGGUACGUGGCCAGUCUGAUGCCUCUCCAAAAGUCCAUCAGUCCCUGGAAGAGUCCUCCUCAGCUACGACCGUUCAUACAGCAGGACUUCAUGAAGACACUGGAGAAAGCUGGACCUCAGCUUACGUCCAGACUGAAAGGAGACUGGAUAGGACUCUACAGGCAUUUCCUCAAGUCUCCCAACUUUGACGGCUGGUUCCGCAACAGGAGGAAAGAGAUGACGCAGAAACUGGAAGCCCUGCACCUCGAAGCGCUGUGUGAGGAGGAUCUCCAGAAGAGAAUCCAGAAGCACACAGAGGUGGAGACAGUCGAUCUGGUCCUGAAGCUGAAAGACAAACUGACUCAGGCGGAGAGGGAGAAGUUACCAGUGCAUCCCGGGACCUUGGAGAAGCUGAGAGCCCAUAUCGAGGGUGUCAUCCUGACCUUACCAGAGGACCUGCAGGGCAUCCUUCACAAGCCCACCACGCUCUGACCUCUAACCCUGCAGGCUGCAACACUAACCCCCAGUUAAAGCUUGUUUUAAAGUUUUGGGUGGGGGGGCUUGGUGGCUCUCCUCCCAGUCAGUUUCCAAGGUGAGGGUGAUGUGGACCCUUUCACUCAGAGUGAGUGCCAGUUUAAAUCUGCUCUGGUCUAAGAUGGAAAGCACAUACUUGGGUGCCAGCUCUCAAUGAGUCAGACUAAACAGCAUGUCAGUGAUCAUGUGGGUAUUUUUAUUUUUUUUUUUUAAGAUGACCAGUCAAACCAGGAUCACCUUUUUUUUUUUCCUUUUUAAAAAUCACUGCUACAUUACUACAUGAAGAAAGCCUGGAGGGCUCGAUCCUGAUAGCAUUUUCUGAACAGUCUGAGGCUGCGUGCGCAAGCAACAAGAAGAUGGCUUUUACUGACCUUUGACCCUGGACGUUUUUACCUCCUUAACAUUUUUUUGUUUGUUUGUUUGUUUUUUAAACAUUGAUGGUGGGUCGCUGCAGUCUAACUGAACAAAAUCUGGAAAUGUAAAAAGUUUCCCAAAGAAGUGCACUUCAUCCAUAAUUGGACCAGUGUGCCCUUCUCACACCUUUAUGCAAACAAGCUGAGCCAAGCAGUGCUUUAUAAUGUGAUGUUACUAAAACACACACACACAGCACUAACCACCAGCGACCCCUGCAAUAACUCUCUGCAGGAGCCAGUCAUCUUUUUUUAUCCGUGUCACAUGAUCGUUACAUGACCUAUCAAAAUGAAAUUCAGAAUGGUCUUUAUAUUUGUUUGUUUUUCUGUUGUUGUUUGCUUUGCUUUGUUCUUUUAACAUCUGAAGUUUUGUGUCACUCUUGUGUAAAAUCAUGUAGAAUCUCCUCCGACAGGCCCGUAUCCACCAAGAAAGAAAAAUAGAUCAUUUGAAAAAUACUUGCAGAAAUGCAAAUUUAUAAGAUAUCUGUUCAGGCUUUUUUUUUUUUUUUUUUUUUUUUAAACGAAAGGGAAAAAAGUUUUUCAUUUGAAUGAAUGAGAGGACACCAAAAAAUAUGAGCUAGACCCCAAAAUUUGAUUUCUAGAGAUAAUUAUUGUUUUAUGAUAAUCGGUAAUAAUGAGAGAUUGACUUUCUGCGUGUUGUUUGUGAACUUUCUUCUUUUCUCCUGAUUAGUGUCACUGUCACAAUCAGGUAAUUCCUGUAUCUUAUUGACUUCAAUUUUAAAGGGUUCACAAAUUGUUCUUAGAAGUUAUUUGGCCAUUUUAACACUUUUACUUGAAGUAUAUUCUAAUUUCUUAUAUUUAAAAAAAAAAAUUUAAAUGGUGGAAUGGACUUUUAUUGUGAAAAACUGAAGCUUGAGUCUUCCUUUCUUUCUAGAAAGAAAGGAAGGCUCUGGGUCAUAAAAGUGGGGGAUCACCGCAGCAGUUGGCGCCACAUGUUUGAUUUGGCAUUUUUAAAGCUGUUUACUCUUUCAAUUCAGCGCAAUUCUUAAACGUUUGUUUCUCAUCGCAGGAUCAAACCGUAUCCGUUUCCGCUCGAGAUCGUUCAUAGAAAAAUAAACUUUUUAAAAGCCAAAACAACUCUUUUAAGCAAUUAUUUUAAUGCACUUUCAAGUCCUUGCUAUGAACUGAAAGAAACUGUCAGUUGUUUUGAUUUUAAAAAGGUUUAUUUUCUAUAUAUAGUUUAGUUUUUUCCUGAAAAUUAUCAUCAACUUGUAUAAAGAUAAAUAGAAGCUGUUCUGUUUUAUUCACCUGACAAAAAAAUUCUUGAUUGUAGAGCAGUUUGGAUGACACAAAGUCUGAGACUCAGUAAGGGUGGAGUGCCCCAUGUGGGUUGGGAAUAAGUUGCUACCUGAAUUGGAAGGUUUUUGUGUGUUCUUGUUCAGGAGUGAGGGUGGAGUGGAAGCAGAGCUGGGCAAACAGAUUUGUGUGGAGUCAGCUGUGGUACUGGGUGUUAAACUGAAGCUGCUUAUCUACAUUUCUACCCUCACUGUUGUGAGUACUGAGUGAUGGCUGCAGCUGUGAGCUUCCUCUGAAGUUUGCUAUAGGGUGCGAAGCUUGGUCAGAGUAGAGCAGCUCUUCUCUACAUGGAAAGGAGGCAGUUGUGGUGGUUCAUCGGUGUAAGAUGCCUCCAGAGCACCUCCUAGAUGAGGCGUCUUUGGCAUGUCCUACUGGAAGGAGGUCUCAGUGCAAACUAGGGCACGCUGGAGAGAUUGUCUCUCAGCUGGCUUGUGAACACUUGUGUCUCCCCAGAAGUGCUGGUGACGGGGAGUUUUAGAUGACUCUGCUGAGGCUGCUGGCCCUGUGAGCUGGUUCCAAAAAAGAGGCAGAAAAUGGAUAGAUGGCUGGGGAGGGGGUGGAGCUUUCAAAAAUGGCACUGCUGUGCUUUAAAAUGUGUUCAUUCUAAUGACUAACAAACAAUGAACUUUCUAUGUAUGAUAGUGGUCACGGUUGCUCAGGAUAAUACACAGAUGCUGAUUCUUCACAUUAUAUUUAAUUUUAGGAGGUUUAAAUUAUUGUGAGACUUUUUGUUUGUUUGCUUGUUUUGCCUCAGACCUUUCAAAAUGAGUUGAAGCUAUCGAACACAUUGCGAACAAAAAACACUUUGACUAAAGAGAUCUCAACUGGCUGCCCUUUAUGUAAUACCACUUUGUAUCACAAGAUGGUGCAGUGAGUCAGUGUAACCUUUAGUUAACCUGGCAGAUUAUUUAGAGCCCAUAUUUACAAAAUGAAAAGCUUUGUGCAGAAAUCGAUAUAAAGCUAAAAAUUUAUAUUAAAAGUCAAGCUGCAACAAGAGCUCCUUCAUAGCACACGAUGAUUAAACAUGGAAAUCAAGAAAGCCUGCUAAAUGUUGAAUUUUAUGAUUGCAUCACUAUGAUCUGUGAUAUUUCAAAGAUUUCUGUACAUUUUCUAAAACGUAGAAGCAAUAAUGGUUUAACAACUUGGCAGUUUGAUUUUUCAGAAAACAAAUUGAUAUGCCUCGCUCUAAUUUUUCUGAAAGAGAUUACAUACGUCGGCACAUACAGUUGUUUUAUGUUUGCGUUGUACAUCAUCGGAACAUUGAAUGGACUUGCAAGCUUGUGGAUUUGUUUUCCUGCCAUCAUGUAACAGCUGUUUUAUAAAUGCUUUGAAUUUUGCCUUUUUUAUUGAGCAGACAGCUGUAAAGACAAAAAAAAUGUACUGGUUGGAUAAACCUGUGACAUCUGGUUGUUGGGCAACCUUACAAAAUUUAUAUUUGUAUUAAAAAAAAGUAAUAUUUUACAACUUUCAAUGUUUUAAUGGAGGGCUAUUCUUAUUCCACAGUGUAGCAGCUGAGGAGGUUUUUUUUUGUACAUAAAGCUGUAAAGUAAAAUGUUCGCCCACAUAUGAGGAUGUAUGAUAAUUAUUUUGCUAUUCAAACAGAUGUCUUUGCUAAUUAUUAACUAUAGUGACACCACUGCAGCGAUGAAUAGCUUUUACGAGAAUAUUUACACUGCCCUGGAGGCACAGGGACAUCUUGAAUUUGUAGAUUUUUCUCCAAAAGAUACAAGUCUCUUACCAACAGAGGUGUGAUAAGAGACUGGAACAUCAUGCCAUCAAAAAACCCAAAUUAUGUACAAAUAAAGAGAUGAAAUCUAAGAGUAUUUAUAUGAAAAAGUAGCAAUAAUGAAGUUUUAAGUUAUUCUGUAAAUUUGCAAAAAUUAUAAGAAAGAAGUUGAUAAAAAUCAAAAUAGUGCAGUGAGACGCUGAACUACAAACAGUUACACCAUUAUUUACAAUAUUAUCAUUUAGCAUUAUUAACAUGAUAUUUAAUUUUUAAACAUUGUGUUUAUCGUCAGUACUGAAGUGUCGUGUAGGGUGGCCAGAUCCCAGUAAACUACGUUAAGAUAAAAAUGUUUAGUUUUAGGUCACAUGUUUGACUUCGAUCAUGUGACAUGUCAUUUGAAUGCAUUUCCCCUGAUUUUGAGAAUCAUAAAUUGAAGCUGAUGUUUAUUUCUGUGAUCUUGUGUCGUGUUUCCUUUUUCUUGUGUUAAAACUGCUGUUCUGUCUGAUAAGCAGAAAGGUUUUUAGACACGUUUCCUCUGAAACACGUGCUUACUUUAGUAAACUUUAACAAACUAUGUGGAGAGUGUCUCAAAAUGUGGAAGAAGGGAGAUGAAAUUUAAAUGACCUGGUCACCCUAUUCUUAAGAUACUCCUAGAUAUAAUCUGCUUUUUUACAGCAGGUCUAAAUCUGCUGCUUCUCUCUGUAUGAGGUAAAUGCAAGUUCCUGACAGACAGAUGGUUAAAAUAAAAAUCUGUUUAUGGCAAAUAAUUCUGGUUUGAUGGAGGAUGGAUGUCUCAAACACCUGGUUAAGGUUAGACUUAAGCUUAUGUUUUAAAUACUGUCUUAUGCAGCUGUGGGACACAUGUAGAAAUUAGAUUUAAAAGUCUCCUUCAGAGGCAUUUUCCCCUCAAAUUAAUAUAAAGUGUAGAGAAAAAUGACACUACAAAUUCAAAAUGUCUCAAAGCCAUUGUUUUUAAAUAUGCAUUUUUGCUCCAUUGACUUUUUAUUUUAUGUUUUUUUUAAAUUGAAGCCAUAACCACUACGCUCAACCGCUCUAACCGCUCUAACAGCCUGAAGCACUGCAGCUGUGGUGAUGAGACUCGUUAUGAUGAAAGUCAUGCUGACCUACUUUUUUAAUAUAAGCAAAUGAUUAUUGAACUUGUUUGAGUGGCCUUCCUGCGGUGCAUCUUUCACAACAUUGUUUUUGCUUCUGAAACAGUAUUACAGUGAAACAAAAUUCAUCCAGCAGCUGUUUUUGAAUGUUUGUAAAGGUUGAUGCAGAUGACCGACGGCUGCUGCUAAAACUCAUGCAGCAUGUCGCUGUUUGAUUAAAUGUUUGAAAAGGCUGCUGUUUGGAUGAGGUCAGAGGAUUUUUUCAUGCUACAUGUCUCGUUCAGUGGGGUCACUGACGUUAACUGAUGUGUUUUGUUUUGUGUCAUUAAACUGACUUCUUAAAAUGUAAAA